UAAACCUCACCUCACUGAAGUGGUGGCCAUGGCGGUAACUGCGUCAUCACCCUCUCUUCGUAAUCUUCUUCUUCCUCCUUAUCGGCUCGCUGCUCCUCCGCGACGCCGUCUCGUGUCCGUCAGAGCUCCGGGCUUCUCCUUGAGCUAUGGACUGGCAUUUACGGCUGCGAGGACGCGUCCCAUUGUUCGAGCUAGAGCUGCUGCUUCUUCACUGUACGCCGCAAGCCUGGAAGCAGAGGAGGAAGAAGUGCAAGCAGAAGACGAACUGAUGGAAGGAGAAGAGGACACAGAAGCGGUCAAUAUAGCUGAAGACGUUAGUCAGUUGAUUGGGAGGACGCCCAUGGUAUAUCUCAACAAAGUUACAGAAGGCUGUGUGGCCAAUGUUGCUGCGAAACUUGAAUCCAUGGAACCUUGCCGAAGUGUCAAAGAUAGAAUCGGUUAUAGCAUGAUUACUGAUGCUGAGGAAAGAGGAGCAAUUUCACCAGGAAAGAGUGUAUUAGUUGAACCAACCACCGGAAACACAGGUCUUGGUAUUGCUUUUGUCGCAGCCAUUAAAGGAUACAAACUCAUAGUCACCAUGCCUGCGUCUAUUAAUAUUGAAAGGAGGAUACUCUUACGUGCUUUUGGAGCCGAUAUCAUUUUGACUGAUCCAGAAAAAGGCUUGCAAGGUGCUGUUGAUAAAGCUGAAGAAAUUGUUCUUAGCACGCCGAAUGCAUACAUGUUUCAACAAUUUGAUAAUUUAGCUAACACCAAGGUACACUUUGAAACCACUGGACCUGAAAUAUGGGAGGACACCAUGGGUAGUGUCGACAUACUUGUUGCGGGGAUUGGAACUGGCGGUACAGUUACAGGUACUGGGCGCUACUUGAAAAUGAUGAACAAGGAUAUGAAGGUAAUUGGUGUUGAACCUGCGGAGAGGAGUGUAAUAUCUGGAGAUAAUUCAGGGUACGUACCAAGCAUCUUGGACAUUAAUUUGCUUGAUGAGGUUAUCAAGGUUACAAAUGAUGAAGCUAUUGACAUGGCGAGGAGGUUAGCCUUGGAGGAAGGUUUGCUGGUGGGCAUUUCCUCUGGGGCUGCUGCAGCUGCUGCCAUAAGUUUGGCAAAAAGACCUGAGAAUUCUGGGAAGCUUAUUACGGUUAUAUUUCCAAGUUUUGGUGAGAGGUACAUUUCAACUGUUCUGUUCAAUUCAAUCCACGAGGAAGUCCAAAAGAUGUGAGUGAGGAGUGUGAAUAGCCAAGGAGGACUGACCAUUUAUCUUGUGAAUAAGAAGCAAGCAACCUCAGUGUGUUGGCUGAUAGGUGCACUUUUGUUGUGGAAUGAAAGACCUUAAGAGAGGAGUACUGAGUAGCUUGUCACUUGAGAAAGGAGACUGAUUAUUGGACAACCCUCUCUCUCUCUCUCUCUCCCCCAAGCGACACCAGCUAUUCUCAUUAGCCCGGUACCUGUGCUAAACUAUUACGGCUGUACAUAGAUUGUAAGAAGCAAAUUCAUGGACAAGCAUCUGUCUUGAAGUGCCAGGUCAUCCCGAAGGUUUCGCUGCUUUCUUGCAGGUCUUGUGAGAAAGACGAAGAGGCUUUUUGUGCCAUGUCUCUCUGUCUUUCCUCUCUUGUUGCUUUGUGAUAGGGCAAUGUCUCAGUAGUAUAUCAUGACACGAACCAUGAAGGCUAAUUGUGUAUGUAGAGUUAGGGAUGAGAGCCUCUCUUUCUCUCUCUCUUUUUCGUGGGUACCACCGGCAUUUCUCUUAAUCUUUGGAAAUCACGAAUUUCUCGGCUUGAUUUAUGUUAAAAGUGCCCAUCUCCGGUGGAA